AAAAAAAAAAAGAAAAAUUUUCGAAUAAUUUUUUAAUGCAAGCUAAAUUUUUGUUCGGAGCCAUAAAUACUUAAAAAGUCAGAUAAUGUGUUCUCCAUGCGGACCAUGUAGCCCCUGCGAUCCGUGCUGUGGCCCCUUCGAGUGUUCGCCAAAGUGCUACAAUGCUGCCCAAUUGGAGGCGCUGCCGCAGUGCGCGCCACGGAUACCGCCACCGUUUCCCAAAUGCAUCACCGUACAGCAGCCGCCCCGUUUGAUCUGCAAGAAGCGGGUCGUAUUCACCGAGAAAAUCGUGCCCGAACCGAUGGUCGUGAAUCGAUGUCGUCAAAUAACGAUACCAAAGGUCGUUGAUGCGACGCGCGUCAUAAAGGUGCCAAAACUGAUUUGGGUGUCGCAAAUGGUGCGCGAACCGCGAGUUAUCUACUAUCCAUCGAUGAUACCCGAUCCGUAUGUGGUGUGCUAUCCGAAGCGUGUGUGCGAGCCAAGGGAGGUCUGCCAGUCGAUCUUGUGCCAGCCGAAGCCCCAAACUAUCGAUAUACCGCCGCCGCGAGAGUACUGCUGCUAUCCAAAUGGACCGAUCAACUACAAGCCGAGUGCCGCAUGUCCGCCCUGUCCGAUCGGGCCCUGUGCACCGGGCGGUGCCUGUUGUCCAUUGCCCUGCUUCUCGACCAAUCAGUAUCCCGUAUGUGAGACACGCUGCGGACCAUGUGGACCAUGUGGCCCAGGUGGUCCAUGUGGACCCUGUGGUCCAUGUGGACCGUGUGGACCUUGCGGACCUUGCGGCCCGUGCGGCCCCUGUGGACCAUGCGGUCCUUGCGGUCCUUGCGGCCCGUGUGGCCCCUGCGGCCCUUGUGGGCCUUGUGGACCCGGCGGCCCGUCUGGCCCCGGCUGCUGGUGCCCCUGCGGUAGCCUUUAACCAUAACCAAACUACUUGCGGAUACGGCGACACUCAUUAUAUUUUUACCUGUAACCCUUCUAUGUACGUUUAUGUAGCUCUAUAUAAGUGUAUAUAGAAAACGAAAAGGUGCCCACGAAAUAAACAUAUUCUCGCUUUUCAUCCCGGA